GGUCGCAGUUAGGAGAGGAUCCGUACAGCAGGGAACGCGGUUGAAUCCAGAGCGCGCCUCCGUCGGAUCUCCUCUUCCUGCCGUCACAUCCACCGCUGGGUGAUGUGGGUUCAACCGGGAGAGAGGGGGAGGACCAAGGGUUUCUACACACUCACUCAUUCCAACGCACACACAGACAAACAGCACCAGAGUGCUGCAGUGUCAGCGCAGCGGGAGACUCGGAAGCCGAUGCAAUACACGCACAUAUAGAGACGCAUUUAUAUACAUAGACUCGCGGCCUUAAAACCGAAACUUGGUCUAUGGAGAGAUCUGCAGCGGCACCGUAGCGACGCAGGCCGUCAUGGACGAGUAUUUGCGGAGGGUCCAGAGCAGGCUCGUGAUAGUAGCAUCAGAGCAGUCCAUCCAUGCUGUUUUAGGAGGACCAGAGCCAGAUGUUGACACUGUGGCUGCAACGCUGUCUUUGGCUCUGCACCUUGGCGAGAAGGAGAAACUGUAUGGCAGACUCUGUGUGCCAGUGUUUUGUGGUCAGCAAUGUUCCACAGUUCUGCCUGAAGAUACAGUGCAGUAUCUUCAGACGAUGAACAUUCAUGAGAGUUUGCUGCUGUGGAGGGACGACAUCGACCUCUCAUCGCUUCAUCACACUGGAAAACUCUCUCUCACGCUGCUCAGAGAUGGACUUCUAGACAGGUCUGAGUACCACGCUUUGGAGUCUAGCAUCCUGCGAGUGGUCCAUCAUGACGGGCAGCAGGACACAGGGGACGAUGGGGCAUCGUUCGCAGUCACAACGGUCGCCAGGGAGAUUCGUCAAGAAGCAGCGGAGCACGUCAGAGCAACGCUAAGGAAGACUCUUGGAGAGGCCCUGAGGCUACAGAGUAAAUCAUUAUGGACCAAACAUGGCCGACAGUCAUCUGAACUGGAGGAGCUCAGGCAAUAUUUGGAUGAAUUAAGGGACAUCACAGCAGGUCGAGCCAAGGAGAAAUACUUGGAACAGCUGCACACAGCGGAGCUGAAGGAGUUUACUGGUGGGGGAAUGACAAUAGCAUUGUCUUCAGUCACCACAGAGAAUGAGGACUGGCAUGUUUUUGUGGAAGGGCUUAAAUCAGUCAGUCAGAACCAUAACCUCGAUGGACUGGUGGUGGUGCUCUUGUCCAGCAGUGAUACAGUUCACCAUUCUCACCGGCAGGUGGCUGUCUACUCAAACAACACAGCUUUCUUAAACCAGGUGAACCUGUUGGGAUGUUGUAGCAGGACAUCCUCAACUGAGGGCGUAGCAGGCAAUGUGGAGUUCUCCCAGGGUUCAUCUGGUAUCAUUGACAUGUUUGGUUCUGACAAUGACAGAGCAGAUGAAAGCAGUGCAGAUGCAAUAGCAAUAUCAAGGGUGAUGAGAGAUGGUGAGGAGGACACGGGUGGUACAGAAAACAGUGCUGUUGUGGAGCUUGUGAGUCCUGACAGUGGUAUGACAACCAUCCGCAGCAGUCGUUCGUCCAAGGAGAGUUCGGUGCUCCUUAGUGAUGACAGUACACUUGGGGAGAUAACAACAGGAGGAGUCUUAAUAAGAAACCCCUCUAACUUUGGAAUGUCAUCUCAAACUCCUCCUGUUCCACCUCAGAGGAAAAAACACCACCCUAGUAGAAAUGCAAAUGAUAACUUUAACCUCUCAAGUUUUGAUCCAAUGCAUCAUCAAACUGUGUCUAUAAAAAAAGAACUUGUAUGUGAUGAUUUAAGAGGAGGUCAAGAAGAAACAGGAAUGGAUACUUCCAACUUAUCAGAACUCGAAAAACUGAGCCUGCUGUAUUUCUCUGAGAAAUCAAUUGACACACUGGAAGGUGGUCGCUCUCUAACCGACCACCACGGUCAAAUCCUUGAGAGUGAAAUGACCGACAAUGUGGUUCUUCCAACUUCAAUCAAAAGUCUGAUUGACACUCCACCCAGCAGUUUUGAAAGAAUCAGUGACCUACCACAUAAGGAAAGUGAGGUACCAUGCUUUUCCAAAACAUGCAAUGAAUUUGGCUUUGACACACAAGGAGCCUUGUCUCCAAGUUAUAAUCAAGCCUCAAAUAGGACUCACAAUGUUGUGACAGAAAGAGAAGCCAGGGAGGAUAUUUUAAAGACAGAGAAUAUCCAUAAAAUGCAAAAAAGACCAGAACCUCAGCUAAGUCUAGUCACUGAGCAGUCUGUAUCAUAUGGAACAUGGAUUUCAGACUCAGAAUUGCAGGAUCAGUGGAACCCUGUUACAUUGUCUGAGCUACAAUUGACACCUCCAGAGGAGGAGGGAACUGGAAAAUUUAAGGCAGAUUUAAUGAGAGAAAAGAGAAAAGAAAAUCCCCAGUUGAUGUUGAGAAAGAAGGCAAUCCCUAAAACCUUAACACCAGAGUCUUCUAAAGAAGAUGAUGAAGCAGUUCAAGGUAAAAAAGAUAGACAGGUGGAACUUAUAGACUUCUGGACAUACUCGGCUCAGAAGGGAUUUCUAAAAUCUGACAGCGGAACCACUACGUCUUACCCAGACUCACUAGAUAUGUGGAACAUGACAAUCCGAGAUGACAGUCUGUCACCUCUUACGACCCCUGACAACUUAUCUGACAACUCAGGUUCCUUCUGUGGUGUGAACCACAAUGUUGUCGGAGGGUCAUCUUUGGAAAGUCUUCAAGAAUUCUCCGAUGGUGGAAUGAAGAUGUGGAACACCACUAUACAAGAAGACAGUUCUUCCACUGUAACAAGCCCCGAAGGACCUGAAAGUGGAAAAGAUCUCAGUCACAUGGGAUCACUGGAGGCCACCGAGUCUUCGGUGACAUAUACAGGCAAACAGUUGGAUGAAGAAAUGGUUACAGAAGAGAGGCAAGGUGGGUUUAUAGCUAUUGAUGAAACACCUGAAGACUUUGAGAGCAGAGGUAUGGAGCACAAUGUGAAAAUAGUAAUCGAGACUGCAGAGGAAAGUACACACAGUAAAGAAUCAGAUGAUGACACCCAGACACCUCAGAACCAACAGUCCUUUAUGCAAAACUUGGCAUCUGAAUGUUUGGAAAAUGAAUCUACUGCAGAUGAAAGCACCAACAUGUGGGAACUGCCUGCUCCUGGCAUGGUCAGCUCCACCUCAGAAUAUGACAAUGUGGGAGCCGGUAUUUGGAGCCUGGGAUCCUCACCUGACACCUAUGGUAGCCCUGCAGCAGACAUAGAAGGGUUGUCCAGCCCUUUUGUAGCUGUUACCAAACCAUUUCAUAAAAAUAAAGAUCAAUACCAUGAAGUUACUGGUAAUUCUGAUAUUGUAGUUUUAAAAAAAGAAGAGUCAGGAGAGCAAGUGUUUCAUUUUGGGGGUUUGAGUGAGUUUAAUCCUAUUACCAGGAUCAGAGGCAGUUCAUUGGAGAGUGAAUAUGACAACAGAAGCAUUGAAGAAUCAGUGGGAACGGAUUCUCCAUUUUUCAUGGUGGACAUUUCCCUUGAGAUUCCAACGGUCAACUAUCAUUUAAGGCCAGAAGAGUCUGAAGAAGAGACCAAACUCCAGACUGACCAACCAUCCCAAUCACAUGUGAGGAUAAAAAGCUCAGCAUCCGAUGUUUUGCCAAUAAAUGUGACCCACAGAGAAGAUGUAAUGACCACUGAAACCCAACUGUGGCCUGAUCAAGAAAGCAUUAAAGAUGAAGAUGUCAGAACAAUAGAAACUGUAUACCAAGGCCCAGGCUCUGAACAAAAGAAAGAGACUCUGAAAUUUAGCCCUGACAGCCUUCACCCAGGAAGUCGAGACGAAGCGCGUUCAAAUUCUGAUGGAGAUUCGUCUUCAGGCCUGGAAAUGGACUACAUUGUUGUGUCUGGUACAGUUAAAGAAGCUGAGAGGGUAUGGCACAGCAGGCCCAAACAAGGAGACAAACAAAGUAAAGGAACAAGGACCACUAUGGAGACUUUCAGCACACUUGUCUUUGCUGCCACAGCACUGCAAAGCCAGGUCCAGACCAGACACAGGGAGGACCAGGAGAACACUGAACAAGUUGCACAAAACCACAUGAUCAGAAACACAGAAAGUCCAGUUAGUCCUGCCACUGAGGAUGACAUACAGUCAGAACUCCUCAGUCACAGCCAAACAAACAACACUACAGAAGCCUUUAGUCCACCACAUUCCAUAGAGACCAGUCAGACACAGACUGAAGAAAAAGGCUUUGAAGAGAAGUCCGGCCUUGUAGGCAGAAGUGUGUCGCCAUCACUGAGAUACCCAUCUGAUAACUUUUUAAAAACCAGAGAGGAAGUUUAUGUGCAUUCACAAAUUUCUAUGGAGGACUCAGACGAGGGUGGACAGUCUCCUUCUGCACCACCAACAUGCCCAACAUCUUUGAAGACAUUUCAAGAGUGGGGAGGUCAGUUAGAGAGGCAGGACACUUCUGAAACGCAAUCUCCCGUUCUCACCAACAGCUCUGUCUCCCACUCGAGCUCUUUGACUGGAACUCCUCUGAGUGAAACCGGUAUCUCUGAUGAAAAAGGACUUGGGUUACCGUUUUCUGGUGAUUUAAUGGAGGAGGAGAAUUAUGAGGAAGAGCAAGAGGAGGAAACUGACCCUGAGCAUGAACAACAGACAAACUGGACUCCACACAUACCAAAACAACGGGAACAACUGUUGCCAUCGUCUGAUUUAAUAAGUUUCACUGAAGAGCCGUGCACUCAACAAGCAGGUGCACAGUUUAACCAGGACAGAAUGUUACAGGAACCAGGCGUUUAUCAUGAUGGUCAUUCGCUGAAAUCAGAAUCUUUGGUUUUAAGGAGACAUCAGAAUGCAUCAUCACAACCAACAAACGAGGAAGCUGCCUAUCAGUGGACAGAAACUCACCAUGUAACUCAGGGUCAACCACAAUACGGCUACAACUACCAUCACAUCGACCAAAGAACUGAAAACCAGGGCAUUUAUUUGACUUGUGGAGCAACCAGACCCAGCAGCCUGCCAAACAGCACUGAUGUCUAUGCUGAAUUUACCAGUGAGACUACAGCUGUACUUCAUGGCUGUGAGCAGAUGCAGGGAUAUUAUGAACACAGGGCUGGUGUUGAAUACAUUUUGGAUAAUUCUAAGGUACAGUACAGAGUGGAGAGGCACUUUGGAGAGGACUCCAGCUCCGUGUCUUCUCAACCCCAGUGUUCUCAGUAUCAGGAUAAAGACCAGUAUCAGUAUGAGGCUGAUCCUCCUCACUACCAACCCAGCUAUCAAUCAGAUGUGCACACUGAGAGGGAGGAUCAUGUCAGCUAUGUGCCAGAGGGAUACGUUCACUUUCUGCUCUCAAGAUUCUCCCAACAGGGAGACAGUGAAUCAGGGAUGAUGACCACGAAGGUCCCCGGUGCGGAAACAGCUGAAGUGCAGGAUAAUAGAGAAGAUCCUCUCUCCUUAGGAGACGUGUCGGCGGGCAGUUCUAAUCACAAAAGAAAGUUGGCAGCUCCACCACUGAACGUGUCCCUGGAGCACAGUGAAGGGUCUAUUCUCUCAGAAGACGCUCUGGACACAGACGAUGACUUGGACACUGGAGACGACCUUGACAUCAACAUUGACGAGUUAGACACAUCAGAUGAGGCUGACUCCCUGGAGUUAAACAGACCAGAGGGCUCAGAGGAGGCUCGUCAUGGUGCAGCAGCAGCUACAGACGACAUCCUUCCUAGACGUCAGUCAGCAGACAAUGGCAGAGACAGCAGACUGUGGAGGAGCGUGGUAAUUGGAGAACAUGAGCAUCGCAUCGAUAUGAAGAGCAUCGAGCCAUACAAAAGAGUAAUUUCUCAUGGUGGCUACUACGCUGAUCAGAAUGCCAUCAUUGUCUUUGCAGCAUGUUUCCUGCCAGACAGCGACUGUGACAAUUAUAAUUAUGUCAUGGAAAACUUAUUUCUAUAUGUUAUAAGCACCUUGGAACUAAUGGUGGCAGAGGAUUACAUGAUUGUGUACCUGAACGGUGCCACACCUCGCAGGAGGAUGCCUGGCUUUACCUGGAUGAAGAAGUGCUACCAAAUGAUAGACCGAAGAUUAAAGAAAAAUCUGAAGAGUUUUGUCAUCGUCCAUCCAUCCUGGUUCAUACGGACUGUGCUUGGAAUAACCAGACCGUUUAUAAGUUCCAAGUUCAGCAGUAAGAUCAAAUAUGUGCACAGUCUGCGAGAGCUGGGGGAAAUCAUUCCCAUGGAGUACGUCCACAUUCCACACAGCAUUGUCAAACUGGAUUCAGAUUUACAGAACACAGCAGCCAAAGCUGAAAGAAGAGGAAACGCUGAUGUUUGACAGAUGCAAAACCUCCAACGCCUGCUUGUCUUUUCCCUGCAACAUGCUGUAUUGAACCCAAAUAGUCUGAACAUAAGCACGCCUGAAGCAUGAUGUGCAUGGCAUUAGAAACAAACUUGAGAGGAAGAUGCUGUGGUGCAGAACAUAGGGCUUAUUCAAUAUGAGGGGGCACUGAUCUGAAGGUGCUCAUCUUCAUUUGUGAUUUGUUUAGAGUGAAGGAGACUGACACUGUGAUGCAGGGGAUGAUGACUUAUACUGUAUAACUGUACUUACACACAACACUUAUAUUUUCCUCCCAAAGUAUCAACCUUUGUUCUACUUAAUAUUGUUUUUGCCUUCUAUUUCACAGGUAAAGUACUAACCUGCCUUGUUUGUUUUAAGCAUCAAUCUGCCAUUUUAAUUGUUAUAGCUUUACCUUUUGUCACACACAGUAUAGUGUCAGUUUUUCUGAAGCUAAUGUAAAGUCUUACCAUUACACUCUAUAUGACCAACCAGAGAACACCUUAUGCUGCCCAACUGCUAAAAAAACAAAACUAUAUUUGUAUCCUUUAGACAUCCAGGAUGUUACGUCAAGGGAUAUAGAAUACUGAAUGUAGAAUUUAAUUUUUAGGUGGUUAUUGUUUACAAAUAUCUACAUACUUUGCCUGAAGUUUGUUAUGGCAUGAGAGAGUCUGGCCAAAUUAGUUUGAAAAUUAACUGUAUUUUAACACUGUGUCAUUCAACACCUUAAACAGUUGUAAAAACGCUACAUAUAGACAUAUGUGUUAGCACUCUACUGUAUACCACUGUGGGAAUACUUGAGAUGCCAUAUUAUAUGAGUAGCAAAGUAGCAGGUACUAAUAGCUGCAAUAACAUGUCGCAUGCUUUCAACUGCUGCAGUUUUAGGAAGGGUUUAUUUGUCUGGAUUUUUGGGUGGCUGUGUGUGUGUGUGUAUGCAUGCACUCUGGGAAAUAAUAUAAGAACACUUAUGUUCACUGAUGUUAAGAGUGGUAUCAUAUUGAGUGCCUAUUCAGAGCAAGACGAAUUGUGCUAACUUGUGCCCUCUUUAUGUUAUUUAUUUACAUUUUUGGCUUAUAUGGUCUUAGGCUUUUGUAAAAUGUGUAAAAUGUUUGUGUGUUUCAUUAAAGACAAUUCCCACACACACAAUCAAAACAUGUCAAAAAAUGUUUGUUUUUUUUAUUUUAUGUGUUACUAAAUUUGUGGUUUGCAUGGUCUUAGAUUGUUAUUGAAUAAAUUAUGUUUAUUUUGUUUUUAUCUUUCAUCUGUCUUCUUAAACAUUACUCAAACACAAUAACAGUUAUUGAGAUCAUAUUAAAUAUCUAGAUAUAAAUGUAAAGCUUACAAAUAAAAUGUUCAAUUAAGUUAAAACUGUAGUUACAACUAUUAAUAUUAAAU